GUAUUAAAAGGGGUUUAUUUUACCAAACCUGCAGGAUUUCAGUCCUGUCAAAAUUGAUACCAGUUAUACAGCUGCCAAAGUUUCAUGUUUGUAGUUAUGUCCCAGUUUAUGUACGUCGCUGAUAUGUCUUUCUUAAAGUUUUCCUUUCUCUUUAUCUAACGGAAGGUAAGGAAGGCGAAAAUGGCUUUUAGACUACCGUAGCUUGUUCGGGACUAGCUAGCUCUCACGUUCCGGUUAAAAAAACAUUUCAUCUGUAAUAGAAAUACCGCACAAGCUUGCCUGAGUGCAUCUUUUUGCUUUGACCCACUGACAAAAUAGCUCUCACGUUUUAAUUUACACCACGCUGUGACACUACUUGAGCAGUGUGAGCGAAUGACACGAGAUACACUAGCAACGUUAGCAUUUUAUACAGGUGUGAUAAGAGGAACUUAUUUUAUAUUUUGUUCCAUUGCGCUGUUUAAAUAAUUAGCACACCUAACGUGGACGACUUUAAAGCUCAAUAUUAGGCUGUUACAUAAUACCGAAGUUUUGAUUAUUAUUCAGUUCUGAGUGUCAUAUGUUUAUAAUUGCCUCUGGGUUUUUAUUGUUUUUUGUCAAUUGGCAUCUCUUCUACACAUAUUUAUGUAGAUUAUCUAUCAUCCUGAAUGAUCAACUACUAGAACAGUUACUAAUUUUAAAACCACAAAAUAAACCAGUCUGUUGUGUAAUCAGAAGGACUGCACCUAUAAUUUAAAGUGUUUGUGUGUGUGUUUGUGUGUGGGUUGUUGUUGUUUUUUAACUAUAAUAUAAUCUUCUUCCUCAGGUGCACUUUACAAUUAUGGAGUUUUAAAAAGAAUAGUGAGAAUUUUGAGGGGAAAGGAGGCCUUUCCCCUCAACUUUGGUGGCUGGACUGCUGGCGGAGGAGGUCUGGGUUGUUUGCUUUUUGUAAAUGGUUGGAUGAAAACCUAUUUUUGCUAAAACCUCUAAUUGUACAUAUUUUGUAUGUUACAAAUGAUACAUUUUGUAUUUAUUGAAUCCAUGAUGCCACUAAAUGCUGCAAAACGCCUAGUUUGUGUCCUGUAUUUGCUCGAGAUGGUGGACUGAAGUAGGCACUGAGCUCUGGGGAUGCUAGGGUGCGGUGGAACCUCAACACAAGCACAAUUCUAGCACUCCAAACCAUCUCUACCGUUGUUGAAUACUUUUUCCAUUGGAAAAUUUUUGUGAUCUGCAAACAUUUAUUUAGUGUUAUUGGAUUGUUACAACACACCCACUGAUUUAAUUUUUGUCUAUUUGCAUCUGUGGGUGGUGGGCUUUCACAAGAACUUUGCUAUUGAAAGUUAGAGGGGUUUGUAACACAUACUUGCUCGAGAUCAGGAUGAGUCUGGCAUCGUCAGACUGCACUCUUAAAUGCCGGUCACAGCAGCAUGCAGACCAGGUAAUCGCAGCACUAACUAGUGGCUCUGAGGGGAAACUCCGGGCAUUCUUGACCUCACACUGCCACAAUGCAACCAGCUUGCGGGACGCCUCAGGGCGUACAGCCCUUCACCUUGCAGCUUCACUGGGAAAGAAAACCUUGCUGGAGUGGCUCCUGGAGAAUAAAGGUGCUGAUCAGAUGGUGAAGGACAAGGAAUCUGGCUGGACCGCUCUUCACCGCAGUGCCUUCUAUGGGCAGAUUCACUGUCUCAUAUCAUUAGUCAAGCAUGGUGGCUCUCUCUCCACUCAGGAUAAGGAAGGUCUCUCUGUCCUGGACUUAACAAUGAAGGAUCGACCAGCGCAUGUUGUUUUCAAAAACACUGAUCCAACAGAAGUUUACACGUGGGGAAACAAUACUAAUUUUAGUCUUGGCCACGGCAACCAGGAGAGCCGGCACCACCCAGAGCUCGUGGAUGUGUUUGCCAGAACCGGAGUUUAUAUCAAGCAGGUGGUCCUGUGUAAGUUCCAUUCUGUGUUCCUGUCACAGAAAGGACAGGUGUUCACUUGUGGACAUGGGCAAGGAGGGAGACUUGGUCAUGGAGAUGAACAGACUUACUUGGUCCCCCGCAUGGUGGAGGGUCUGAUGUCCCAUCACUGCUCCCAGGUGGCAGCGGCCAAAGAUCACACAGUGGUGCUGACGGAGGAAGGAUAUGUUUAUACAUUUGGUCUCAACACCUUCCAUCAGCUGGGCCUCGUUCCCCCUCCUGCCUCAGCACAUGUUCCCAAACAGGUGUUCUCCAAAAUGCUGAAAGGUAGAACAGUCAUUGGAGUAACUGCUGGGAGGUUUCACACGGUGCUGUGGACCAGAGAGGCUGUCUACACAGUGGGGCUCAAUGGAGGGCAGCUGGGAUAUUUGCUGGAUCCUAAUGGAGAGAAGUCUGUGACUGCUCCCCGUCAGGUGUCAGCUCUGCACCAUAAGGAUGUUAGCAUAGCCAUGGCAGCAGCUAGCGAUGGAGCGACUGUGGUUGUGACUGAAAAAGGGGACGUUUAUCUGUUGAGUGACUACCAGUGCAAGAAACUGGCUUCAAGACAGCUAAACAUUAAGAAAGUCCUGGUUAGUGGUGGCAGUCUGGACCAUCGUAUAGAUCCACAGUUACUGAACGAGGGAGGAGGGGAGAAAGUGUCCAUCUUGGCAUUGGAUGAGGCUGGGAGGGUGUUUUGCUGGCGUUCCUCUGGCAGCUCAGUGAGACAGUGCAGGUGGGCGUAUUCACGUCAGGUGUUCAUGUCGGACAUUGCUCUCAGCAAGAACGGCAUGAUGUUCGUGACUCCUGAUGGGGAAGGCUUUAGUGGCCUAUGGGCUGGAGAAAAUAAGAAGUACGGGGAGAAGAAAGAAAUCAGUGUGGAGGUUUCUGGUCACUCAGACAUCAUCUCGCCGUAUGAACGAAUCCGCCUGGAGAAGCUGCCUUUUGUUCACAGAGCUGUCAGCAUCACGAUGGACUCCAAAGGGCGAAACUUUGGUGUUCUUCAGGCCGACCCUAAAACCAGCUUGUAUGAAGUUCCAAGCAUCUCUCCAUCCUCUUUCUCCCAACACUUCCGGAGACUUCUGGAGGAGGCGGAUGAGAUGGAUAACAUCCACGAUGUGACUCUUCAGGCCAGCGAUCGCAACUUUCCCGCUCACAAGUACAUUCUGUCCAUGAGGUCCGAGUUCUUCAGGAAGCUGCUCCUGUCUGAGCACUGCGGGGUUAACGAGGAGCUCGAUAAGGAAGUGAGAAGGAGUGAAGAUGCCGUUGGAUGUGAUUUACUGGUUUUGGAGAAAAUCCCAGCUGACAUGCUGGAGUAUGCCCUGCAUUUCAUCUACACGGACUCCUGCGAGCUGCUUGUGCACGGAGUGCGGCCAAGAGUCUCAGGGGUGCCAACAGGACAAAACCAGGAUUCAGAGAGGCUUAUCAGCAGUCUGCAGGACCUGGGUCUGAGCGGCCGCUCAGCCCUCGAGGUGUACCGCUCCCUCUCUCCCUCAACCAACGGAGGAGGUGAUAAGCCCAAGAACAAGACCUCCAAGCCCAGCAAAAAAGGGAAGGGGGGCAAAAGUGACAAGGCUCGAGCCAACGAGGGGGGGGCCAACCCCGUGAAAACCUUACAGACAGUGGCAAAGAGGCUGAGCCUGGUCAGCCUGUCGGCACGACUGGAGGGUGUCAAAUACGAAAACGGAAAAAUUAACGUCAUGCAGAAGAAAACUGGCAACAAACUGAAGUUUUUCCAGAAAAAAUGUUCCUAUCUUUGUGAUGUUACUUUGAAAUCUGACGAUGGGAAAGAGUUUCCUUGCCACAAGAGUGUCCUCUGUGCCAGACUAGAAUAUUUUAACAGCAUGCUUGGAAACCCCUGGAUUGAGGCAACAUCUUGCUCUGCACUAGAGAUGCCCACCAGCUCCGAGAUCCUGCAGGUCAUUCUGGAGUACGUUUACACAGACGAGUCUCCCACCAUCAAAGAAUCCCUGAAUGUGGAGUUUGUCUGCAACGUUCUGGUUGUAGCCGACCAGCUGCUCAUCACUCGUCUGAAAGAGAUGUGUGAGGUUAUCGUCACGGAGAACUUGACACUAAAAAAUGUUGCAGAGCUGCUGGAGUUUGCCACCUUGUACAAUGCAGAGCAGCUGAAACAGUCAUGCCUCCAGUUCAUUGUCCUCAACAUGGCCGCCUUGCUGGAGUCUAGAGCUUUGGACAUUCUCAGUGAUGAAGUGCUCUUGGAGCUUUCUGCAUCAUACAGGAGGAUGAUCCCAGCAAUGCAGAGGCGUGUCAUCACCCCGUACCCGGGCGCACCGGACCUGACUUUCUACGAGGAGGAUUUGGACUCGACGUUUAGCCCCAAACCAGAGGCAGAACUGGAUCAGUCUUGCAGGGAAAUCCUGCUAAAGAAGGCAAAGAUGAAGGCUAAAAAGAAACCAAGGAGACGCUCUGACAGUUCAGGAGGUUACACUCUCUCUGACAUCAUCCAGAGUCCUCCUACUGCAGCGGUGUCUCCGCUCCUGGUGAAGUCAGGCAAGGCCAACUCCACCGAGUCCCUGCAGGAGAUCCUCACGUCUGACUCUGAGAGCAGCUUUAUGGGAGUCGGCAGUCCCAGAGAUGUUCAGUCACCUGUGUUCCCUGACCGAGCUGAGGAUGACAGAGCUUUUAGUCAGAGACUGAAGAGCCCCCCCAGCACCCCAACAUCCCUGAAGAGCAGCGUCCCCACACUGUCCUCCUCCACUCCACAAAUUAUUCACAGGACUCUUCCCUGCCCAACUCGUGCAUCCCCAGUGUUGGAUCUAAGGACCAUCAUGGACAUGGAGGCCAGCUUCCUGCAGACUCCUGGUGCUUCUCCUAAAAGUCCUGGAACCAACAUCAAACACUCGCUGGUUUCCACUAAACUGUCCCAGAAGCAGAGGAAGCUGUUGGCCAUGGCCAGCAAGGAGGCCAGUGGGGAGCCUCCAGCCUCCAAACCAGCCCCCACAGGAACUCCGUCCAGAUGCAGCGAGAAAGCCUGGGCGACAGCUGUCCAAUCCUCACCAUCCUUGUGUUCAUUCCGGGCUCUUCUGGAGGAAGAAGAAAACUGUUUAACAAGAGAAGGACAAACAGGAACACAGAGAGGCCAAAGUGCCCUGGGCCCCCCGGUCAGCGCCACACCUGCUGCCAGGAGGGUCACGUUAAAAAGUACAGAGAGCAGCGAGCCAGAGAGACCUGCAGGGCCUUGGGUGCUGGGUGCUGUGGGCAGCCCCCCCCUCGCCACCCUGGUGACCUUUGCCUCCAUCGUGGAGGAGGAGAAGCAGCAGGAGGCCGCUCUGGUCCGCAGCCGGGAGAAGCCGCUGGCUCUCAUCCAGAUUGAAGAGCGAGCCAUACAGGACCUCCUACUCCACUACAAGGCACGGGACAACCCAGAUGAGCUGAUAGUAGUGGAGACAACUCCCAGAGGUCCCAUGGCUGCCCCGACCUGGCACAAACACUGAUCCAUUAGUUCUGUUGAACGAGGAGCUCGGAGAGAAUCUCCCCUUCUCUCCUCAAGUGUUGCUUUCAUCUAGUUUAAUAGCUGCACAGAGUUUCGUUUAUGUGAUGGAAGGUUUUCUUUCAGAGGUUAGUCUCUGACCAUCUGAUUACUCACGCAUCGCUCGGCAAAAACUACACAUGGUACGGUCAGCAAGUUUAGGUUCAUGGAGUCAAAUGAAGUUGCCAAAGAUUGAGAAGGAAAGUUGAUGCUUAAGCAGCUAGAAAAUGCUCAAAACUCAAACACAAAGUGUGUGUGUGUUUUUCUGUUUGUGUGUGCGUGUGUAAUAGGUGGAAGUUCCCUGUGUGAUUAAGAGUGCCAUUGCCUAACUGGGUAUUUAUCUGCUUUACCUAAUGAGUUAUUUUUCCUGACCUGUUUGGCUCUUCGCCACAGCUGAAACAUUUGCAAACGUUUUCCUUAAACAGGAAUUUAUCACAGAAAAUGCUAAAACAAUUUGGUGCAGACUUGACCGUCACUCUUAGACUUUGAUGCCAUUUAAAAUAAUGAUAUAUUUAUCUUGAAAAAUCCAUUCAGUUGGACCACCGAUUCUCCUGUUUAGAUGCCAUCUUUGUGUUUGUUCACGUGUCUGAGACCUAAAGAUGUGAAGAGAAGCUGGCAUGCAAUAAUAAAUCAUCUCAACUGUGGAAUGAA